AUGCAGUCAAAUCUCAGAGCCCAGGCUGAGAUUCAGGCCCAGAGGAAGAAGCAGCUUGCGAAUUCGUACAAGCAGUUACUCGAUGAGUUUGCCGCGACCGACCUCAAGACCGUCGGCAACUAUACACUGGGGAAACUUAUAGGCAAGGGGAGUUUUGGCAAGGUCUACUUGGCAUCGCACAAACUCAGCAAUGGCUCAAAGGUCGUGCUCAAGAGCGCGAAGAAAGACGACGCCAAUCUCGCGCGCGAAAUCCAUCACCACCGCCAAUUCAUACACCCACACAUCGCCCGCCUGUACGAGGUCAUAGUGACCGAGGAGCUGGUUUGGCUGGUACUCGAGUACUGUCAGGGCGAUGAACUCUACAACUACCUCCUAGCCAAGGGCGCGCUCGAACCGUCCAGAGUCCAGAAAAUAUUCACGCAGCUCGUCGGUGCCGUGUCGUACGUCCACAACAAGUCCUGCGUCCACCGCGACCUCAAACUCGAGAACAUACUGUUGGACAAACAUGGCGAUGUCAAGUUGGUCGACUUUGGAUUCACACGCGAGUACGAGGGCAAGUCCAACUACCUGCAGACAUGGUGUGGAACCAUCUGUUACAGUGCGCCAGAGAUGCUCAAGGGCGAGAAAUAUGCGGGUGAAAAGGUGGAUGUUUGGAGUUUGGGUAUCAUCCUUUAUGCGCUUUUGGUCGGCGAGCUGCCUUUCGACGAGGACGACGAGAUGGUUACGAAGAAUAAGAUACUAAAAGAGGAACCAAAGUACCCGGAACACUUUCCACAGCAAGCAAGGGAGUUGUGCUCGUCGCUACUUUCAAAACGGCCGAUCUUGAGACCUACAUUGGCGGAUAUACUACAAAACCCUUGGUUGUCGGAACAUGCACCCCGCCAGCAGGAGAUUUUGAAGCUGCAGCAGCCGGCGCCCUUCUCGACUGAAUUGGAGAAGGAGGUGUUGCACCGUAUGCGUGCUGCUGGUGUGGAUAUUGACAUGGUGAUUGAGAACGUACUGGCCCAACGAUGCGACUCAUUGGCUGGCUGGUGGGCAUUGCUACUAGAAAAGGAGGAACGCAAGGCGAAAAGAAGAGAGCGCAAACGCAAAGAAAAGGAAGCAGAGGCUAAGAGCCUCAGACGAUUGAGUGCUGCCAGUAGCCGGCUUGACAAACUUGCGCCUACCAUCAGAGAGUCGGACGAAGAGGGCAUACAUGCUCCAACCACACCGAAGAGUCGCGGCAGGACUAUCAACCGAAGCAGCUUGCAUGGUGCUCCCGAGCUUCCAAAACUGCCGGAAUCAAUGACUUCUCCCAACCUUACCGUAGACGACAAGCCGCUGCCACCAAUUGAUACCCAUCGAGGUCGAAAAUCUCACUCUUCUUCACGUCCACCACUACCCGCGAAAGAUUUGGAUCGGCGGCGAUCUCGUAGUAGCAUGCUACAAGUUGUGUCCACAAACCCCGACCUUCUCUCUCCAAAUGGCUUCGUGCCCAAGCGGCGCCGAAAGCAGCCGUUCAUCAACCACCUUUUGUCACUCAGGAAUUGGAUAAAAGAAACGUCAAAACGAGCACGGUCGCCAGGUUCAAAAGCUAGCAGUGGACAGUCCCCGAAGAUACCUCCAAGCACGUCUUCAGACUCAAGACGAAGGCAAAGUACAGCGAACCGUUCUUCUGUGCAUACAAAUCCCAAGUCUCCGCCGAUGCCACACACACCAGGUCCUCGACCCCGAGGUUCAACUCACGGCUCAGGCUCCAUGAGAAGGCUCUCGGCAUCCCCUGCCCCACUCACACCGCGAUCCUCGUAUCGUCGUUCUUCUGGUGGUCUCCGAGGCCGGAAAUCUACUUCCUCAUCUGUGUCUUCGAUCCGCAGUAUGCCACACCACCACCAUUCGCACUCGAAAGCUUCAUCCACAUCGUCUGCCUCACUUGUCUCUCCCGCUGUCUCUGUAAGCGGCCACUCACACAAGCCCUCCAAGUCCCCUCAUAAUAGCAUCAAAGUCCUUCCCGCGACUCCGACUUCCUCAAGCUUUCCUUCCAACAUUCGCCUUGUACGUUCUGGCUUCCCACCCGGCCUUAACGAGUCCAGCGCCGCUUUUGGAAACGGAAAUAGCAUUCCUCCACAAUCACCUGGUCUCAUCUUUGCAAAGAGGAAGAGGAGCCCUUUCAAAGGACCCAUGCUUAAUGUCAAUACCGGUGUUCUGAAUGGUGGCCAUGCAAACGGUGGCGCAUGGAGGAGCAGAAGCGGAGAUAGCGGUAUGGGUAGUAGAGGGACGAGUGUACAAGGACGUAGGAGUGGAGAGAUAUUGGGCAUUACAGAAGAAGAUGAGGAGGAAGAGGAAGAAGUUGAAGAGGUGGAGACAUUUGGAGGAAAAUUGGGCGAAGGCGAGUUUGUUGAAGAAGAAGGUCCUGCGCAGUUGACCCCGCCUCAAGAGGAAUUCAAAGAGAAGGCUUGA